AUCCUAUCCCACAAGCCUUGAAGUCAAUUCUCAUGCGACUCCAACCCGACAAUGUCGACAUUUUAACUACUCCCACCAAAAACAAAAGCUGGAAAAAAACACACACGGCACUAACCACGCGCUACAAAUAACCAUCCAAACCCAUCCCCACUCAGCCCAGAAAAACAAAACACACCAUGUCUUUCAACAAAAACAACAACAUCCUCCCAAUCUCCUCAAACCCAAGUUCACCAGCAAAAGACUGGCCGACUGCCGAAAAGCCCGAUCCCCGUCGACGGCGAAUCUGUAUCGGUCUCUUCUGCGUCUGGCCAUAGCCGCAAUCGCCGCGACCGUCCUCAUCCUCGCUUUCACAGUAUACAAAAUUAGAGAGCCAACAAUGAGACUGAACUCCGUCAACUUCAAAGACCUCGACCUCACUAAGAACCUAACCGUCAUAGCCGAUGUGUCGGUCAAGAACCCUAAUGCACUCCCCUUUAAGUUCAAAUCAAGCACAACGACACUUCUGUAUGGGACCAAACAAGUCGGGGUGGCUUAUGGGCCGCCAGGGCAAGUUGGGGCUCGUGGGACGCUGCGGACCAACGUGACGAUGAACGUGAUUUCAAGCAAAUUGGUCGGAGAUUCGAAGUUCAUGGAGGACGUGGGGAAAGGGUCGCUUGAGCUCGAGACGUCGACGAUGGUGGGAGGGAAAGUGACGAUAUUGGGGAUGUUCAAGAGGCAUGUGGAUGUGAUGAUGAAGUGUAGCGUGAGUGUUGAGAUUGGGAGCCAGAAGAUUCUUGAUCAGCAGUGCACACAAAAGAUGUGGUUAUGAGAUUGCGUAGAUGGUAAUUAACUUGCUAGAUUGCGCUCUUGAGGGCAUGGGCUUAGUUAGUGACAUUGUUAUGCGUAAAAAUUCUGAUUUUAUGAGCUAUAUAUAGAGAAUGGAAUUGAGUGCGAUAUGUUGCAGAGCUUUACAUGAAUUAAGAGCAAUUGGCCUGGUUAUUUUUAUCAUGUACACCAUUCAAAUAAUAGUUAACUUUAAAUUAUCCUUAA